AUGUCCAAACAUUUUUUGGGUCCGAUCGGUCAACUGGAAGUGGGCCAAAAACGGUAGAAAGAUUACUAGAACGAUUGUAUUCCGACUUUUGAGUUAAAUUUCCAGCAUGGAAUCCAUAAAGCAUACGGCCGAGGUUAUUGUCGAUCUGACAAAAAUGCACUAUCACAUGGUCAAUGAUCGGUAAAUUUUAAGAAACUACAUAAAAAAUAACUUUGAAAACGGUUCAUUUUUAAUAAAAAAAUUUUAAACAGUAAAUUAAGGACGCAUUAAAAUUUAAGAAUGCUUCGAUACGAAAAGGAUAUUAGAUACGGGUCCGUGGUCCCUGGAUCCGUCAAAACUGUAACUUGGCUCAACGCCAUUCGAUUCCUCGCAUCUCUUUGAUCUAUCCACGGACCGUGGGACCACGUGCCCGGACCUAGCAUCAUUUUUUGAUCUUGGUCGAGUCUUACAGAAAAUUUGAAAAAAGGUUUGCGAUUUUUCAGACUCUCCCGUUACGAUCCGGCGAUUCUCGUGUUGGCGGCGUUCGGCGGUACCCUCGUCUACACAAAAGUCGUUCAUUUGUACCGAAAAAGUGAGGAUCCGAUUCUCAAAAGGUUCGUUUUUAAAUUGGGGGAAGGAUCGGAUCGACACAAUAAAUAACGAAAUCGGUUUCCAUUUCCAGACUGGGCGCCUACGUAUUCUCACUUCUCCGCAAACUUCCGCAAGUCCGGGAGCGCAUCGAAAAAGAGCUGUCGGCGGAAAAACCGAAAUUGAUCGAAGCGAUUCACAAAGACGACGGAGACCGCCAAUUUAUUGCCAGUUCGUAGACAAACAGUAUUUCGACUGAAAUUUGUCUGAAACUGACAUUUCGCAACUGCCACGCUUCGUAACCCUUCGGUCAGAGUUGCGAAAUGUUUGAGGAAAUAGUUAAAACCAUAGUCGAACACACAAAAACAGCAAAUGCUAGCUAACAAAUUCCGGUGAAACACAAUACUUUUAUCGAGUUUGCAGCGCUUCCCAUUUCGCCGCUCUCGCAGGAUUCAAUUUUGGAGUUGGCCGACAAGUACGAGAAAUAUAACACGUUCAACAUUGAGGAAGGACGCGUCUCGGGCGCCGUUUACACUGAUAGACAUGAGGAACACGUCGAUCUACUCGGAAAUGUUGGUUUUUCUUGGUUACUAUAGGGGCACCGAAUAGAAAUGGCGCUCUGUUCGCAAUCUGGCCGAAUUUCUAGGCCGCGAAGUAAUUUUCCACUGAAAACGUGGCCUAACUUUUCAAAAUCGGCCCCGAGGUCGCUCAAUUUGCACUGCAAAAAGAGUUUCUCAAUAGAGCGCCCUUUCUGUUCGGUGCCCCUAUAAUAAACGUGUCGCGUACUACAAAAUGAGCAUAUUUUUAAUGUGCAGUUCAAAUUAGCCGAUUUGUUUCGAAAAAAAAGCUAAGAAGUCCACGAGAAGUACACGGCGGGUGGAGUUUUCUAGUCCUUCGAAUUUCAGACGAGUUCCGCUCGAGAAAUCGAUAAUCUCGUGUCUUUUUGAAAAUUUGUUCAUUUUGUACAUAGUACACGACACCUUUAAAGGUAGUUCAUCAUCGAUUCGCUUAUGUCUUAAUAGAUCUACAAAAAGUACGCGUUCUCGAACCCGCUGCACCCGGACGUCUUCCCGGGAGCCCGUAAAAUGGAGGCGGAACUCAUCCGGAUGGUGUUGAAUUUGUACAACGGGCCGGAGGAUUCGAGCGGCAGCGUCACGUCCGGAGGCACCGAAUCCAUCAUUAUGGCCUGCUUUUCCUACAGGUUUCACACCUUUAAACAAGGGGUUUUUUUUUCAAAAAGGGUACACCCGAAUGAAAUUAGUACUUGACAAUUAAAUUCCACUUUAAAAUUGUAAUUUUGAAAUGGAAUUUAGCUAAAACGGUAAAAUUUAUUGUUAUUAUUAUAGAAUCUAUAGAAUUUAUCAACAAAACACAAGGAAAACUACAACUUUUCAGCGCCAUAAAACGUCGUUAAUCGCAAUAGAGUUAGCUGGAAAUUUUAGCUGAAACGGUUAAUAAAUUUGGAAUUUAACUCGAGAAAUCGAGCAUAGAGACCUCGGCUUUUUUGAUAAAAGUAUAAGUGUAUUGUGUUCUUCAAAAUUAGCCAGAUUAGAGGUUUAAAAAAUAAAUCCGAAAAAAACGCGUUUCUUCAGAAACCGUGCCAUCAAAAUGGGCAUCGAGAAUCCGGUGAUUUUGGCGGGACGGACCGCCCACGCGGCGUUCGACAAAGCCGCUCAUCUGUGCGGAAUGCGCCUGAGACACGUUCCCGUCGACGAGAAUAACCGCGUCGAUUUGAAGGCGAUGGAGAGACUCAUCGAUUCCGACGUUUGCGUGGUCCGUCGGCAGAUUUAGACAAUACUCAAACGUUUAUUUAUUUUGCAGCUCGUCGGCUCGGCGCCCAACUUCCCGUCCGGAACAAUCGAUCCGAUUCCGGAAAUUGCCAAGGUGAUCGAAUGAAAACAUGCUCAAUCGUAAUACUCGAUUGCAGCUCGGCCAAAAGUACAGAAUUCCGGUGCACGUGGACGCGUGCCUCGGCGGAUUCCUGAUUCCGUUCAUGAACGACGCCGGCUUCCUGCUGCCCGUCUUCGAUUUCCGCAAUCCCGGAGUCACGUCCAUCUCGUGCGACACACACAAGGUACCGUAUCCUUGUCGAUCGUGUGUCGUGAAACAAUUUCUAUCUUCUUGAAUGUUCCAGUACGGCUGCACGCCGAAAGGCUCGUCGAUCGUAAUGUACCGCUCGAAAGCACUCCACCACUACCAGUACUUUUCGAUUCCCGACUGGUGCGGAGGCAUAUACGCGACGCCGACGAUUGCGGGAUCGCGGGCCGGCGCGAACAUCGCCGUCGCCUGGGCCACACUCCUUUCGUUCGGGCGGGAUGAGUACGUGCGCCGGUGCGGACAGAUUGUGAAGCACACGCGGAUGUUGGCCGACAGGAUCAAGGAUAUCAAGUGGAUCAAGGUAGGCAAGGCGUCGAAUCAGUUCAUCUCGGGACCGGACGUUUGUAAUAGUUUUGAGUGAAACAGGGAACAACGUGAUACCUAGUUGCUGUACUUGAAUAACGAAACGUUUUUGUAGCCCUACGGCAGCUCGGACGUGUCUUUGGUGGCCUUUUCCGGAAACGGAGUCAACAUUUACGAGGUGUCGGAUCGAUUGAUGAAAUUGGGAUGGAACCUCAACACUCUGCAGAAUCCGGCGGCGUAAGUUACACUUGCCGUUUCGCAACCAACUCUGCAACCAGUGUGUAGCACUUAGAUUGUGCGCGUUUAAAGUUGUGGAAUGUUUGGUUGCAAAACAUGAUAGUUGCUUGCUGUUCAAAGAAAUUAGAAGAUUUUGAACAUUCUCGAUAGCUUGUUCCCUCCCAAAAAAUGCGUAAAUGUUCCAGAAUUCACAUCUGUCUGACGAUCAACCAGGCCCGUGAAGAAGUGGUCGACGCGUUCGCCCGUGACCUCAGCAGUGUGUGCGAGGAGCUGGCGGCGGCCGGGGACACGAAGCCGGAGCACGGAAUGGCGGCCAUGUACGGAAUGGCCGCGCAGGUGCCCAAAUCGGUCAUCGAUGACGUCAUCGCCCUCUACAUCGACGCCACCUACUCGGCGCCACCGAAAGCAUAA